UGACAAUGGCAAAUCACCUCAAACACGAUAAACUGCUUGGUAUCCAUACGCUUCCUACCUCAAAACACUAAACACAACUGGUCAUUUAAACACAACAUGUCAUUUAAAUCUAUCCUAAGUAUCGCAACACUGGCCUUUGCUUUGCUAAACACUGCAUCUGCACAAAGCAGUACCGCAGGGCCAUUCCCCUCCAUAACCCAAACUACAAACUCCACAAGCACACUCCCCACAUCCCUCUCAUCAUCACCACCCACAAACACAACCUUCACACACUGCCUAUCCUGCACCUUCCCACCUUGCUCCCUCCCAACACCGUCCUACCCAACCUCAGCCACAUACCCACUCCUCAACACCACCCUCUCAUCCACCCCACCAGCACCCAAAACCAACAUUCCAGACGUCACGACCAAGAUCAUCGUAACAAAAACUGCAGAUGGCGUUCCGGCGGAGACUGUAGCACCAACUGCUGGUACUGAGUGUGCUGGAGCUACGUGUCCGGGGCUGGUGUCGAUGGCUUCGAGGACGGAGAGGCUGACGGGUGUGUUGGGACCGUUGGCUAUUGUUGCCGGGGCGUUUGCGGUCUUAAUUUAAGCGUUGGCGAUCUGACUGGGAAUCCUACAAUGGGAAGUUCAAGUCGAUGACUGCAGAACGUUACGUGCAUCUCCUUUGCCCCUUCGGGACUAUGAAUUAUUGUUGCUGGCGAUUUGAAGUCAUAGCAUAGGAUAAGAUGAGAAAUAGAAUACUUCGUGAUAAUUUGAAGAUUCCAAUUCCAAUACUCGUUUGAGAAGACCAAUUUAUCAGUGGUUACCAAAGUAAUAUUGCUACAGCUUUAGCGGUUUUCAUGGCCACUCGCUUAGCCAGAUGUUGAAACGAUAGCGUGAAUGAGGCACAGCACGUGUGCCAGUGGUCUAGUGAAGGUACCUAAGAUAUCUGGUCUGUGACGAGAAAGGCACUGGUGGUGUGGCUGUCGAACCGAUUUCAUUCAGCUAGGUAGCUCUAUGAGUAAGAGGUAUUUGUGCGAGGCUACUUGUAAGGACUUUGAGUAAGGGUCAGUGAUGUGCUGAGAAGGAGUGGGCGGGUUUCUUAAUUACUUGUGUACCUGUCUGGAAUGAAACUCGGGAGUAUUCUGGGAGAAUUUGGAAUGGAUCUCUGUCAUCAUUAGGUCUGCU